AUGGUGCAGGGCUCGCCGGCGCGACUGCGGACGGAGCUGUGGCUGCAGCAGCGGCUGCUGAGACUGGCGGGCCAGUGGGCGCCGCGCGGCAGGCUGGGGCCGUGGCUGUACGCCGCCUACGCCGGCGCCGUCGUGGCCUCCCUGCUGUUCCUGGUGGCCAGCCAGCUGUCCGCCAUGCUGCACUUCUGGGGCGACAUCCUCAGCGCCACCAACAACGCCUGCGUCACCUCCAGCUACUCGAUGGCCGUCUUCAAGUUCUUCGCCUUCCGCGUGAUGCGGCCCUCUGCCGAACGCCUCAUUCACGACCUCGACAGAUGCCUGCAAGUGUACGGGCAGGAGUACGCGGCUGAGAAGGCGGCCGUGUUCGGCGCGUGCGCGCAGAAGGGCCGGCUGGUGGCGCGGCUGCAGGUGUCGCUGGGCGUGUCCGUCUACCUCAGCUGGGUGCUGCUGCCCGCCGUGCGCGCGCAGGCCUGCCACUCCGCAGAGUGCCGCGUCCACAGCGGCUUCCCCGCGCUGGUCUGGUACCCCUUCUCCUUCACAGAGCCGCCCCUCUACCAGAUGAUCUACGCUGUCAUCUCCAUGGGCCUCUUCUACGGCUGCAUCAUUUUCACGUCCCAAGACGGCUUCUUCUGGUCGCUUAUCAUCUAUGUAGGGGCACAUUUGCGCUUCCUCAACUUCAUGGUGACCAACAUGUCAAGCAGCGACAGCGACACGAAGUCUCCUAGAGGGUCUCCACAACUGGAGGAGAAGAUGAGGCGACGCCUCAAGGAGUGCGUCUGCUACCACAACGACAUAGACAGGUGUGUUCAGCGACUGAGCUCCCUGCUGGGCCCCGUGAUGCUGGGACAGUUCCUCACAGACAUCGUCACCAUCAGUGCCAGUGCCUUUGUAGCUACAAUGCUGAAAGCGGACUCGGGGUGGCUGUUGAAGUACGGCUCAUAUCUGUCUGGCACGAUCGAGCACAUGUUCCUGUUCUGUUGGUUCGGCAACGACAUCUUGACGGAGAGCGAGCGGCUGCAGCAGUCGGCGUACAGCAGCGACUGGGCGGACGCGUCGCCUCGCUUCCGGAAGGAGCUGCGGAUCUUCCUGUGCCGCAGCCAGCGGCCGCUCAUCCUCACCGCCAGCAAGUUCUGCGCCAUCUCCAGGCAGACAUUCCUGCGGGAUACCAACGUGGUGUGGAUGCGGUUCCGUUUGGGCCCCGGUCAAGAGGAAGGUGUUCCUCCGAUGUCAGAAGAGCCGCAGAAGAUGCUGAUGUCAGUUGAUGCUGCAGGCGUCUGUGCUGAGAAGCUUCCUUGGCUACAGGACACGCAGCAAGAGGAGCGCGCCGUGGGAAAGGUGAACGACGCGACUACCGUCUCGACGGUGGCCGUGGUGCACUCCGCCCCAGACGACGGCGCUGCCAGUGAAGAGGAGGGGCCGCCUCCAGCUCGCCGCAGACGCGGCUGCCGCCGCUGCUGGGCGGAAAGACUGGGCGCCAAGGUGGUCGUUCUGCCGCACGGUCGCCAGGGCUACCGCCUAAAUAGGAGAUAA